AUGAUUGAUCCAUUCCCAGAUUUGGUAUUGCCAUCACUACCUAUAGAUCAAGCUAUUAGCAUGGAUUGGUAUAAAGAUGUGUAUGCCUCAGCACCUCUCUCAACCAAUUCUAAUCAGGCAGAUACUUUGCCUUCUGGAAUACAAAUGGUGGAAUUAAGGAAACCUUCUCCUAUGGUCAACAGUCAUCCCAACAUCAUGGAUUCUGAUGAUACUCUUCGAAGGUGUUCAGCUCAACCAAAUGAAGCUUUCAAAGCCAAAGUCGAUGAAUAUAGAGGGCAAGAUAGUUUUCCUUCGUCCGAUAUAUUUGGCAAUGAGCUUUACACGAUCAACAUUGGCCAGAAUGACAUCACCGGCUACCUAGGUUCAACCGGUCCAGACAAGGUGAAGCAGAAUGCACCUCAAGUCAUUUCCCAAAUUACAAGCACCAUCAAGAAACUAUACUGGUUAGGCGAACGAAUAUUUCUAGUGAUUAAUCUUGCUCUAGUAGGCUGUUACUCGAGGUUCUUGGAUGAGCAGUCGAACAGUUUAGACCUAGAUGAAUCUGGAGGCAAGAUUUCUUACAAAAAUGCAAAUCCAAAAUCCCAUGGGAUGCAGCAUGGAAUCACAGCUCGCUGUGGACAAGGAGGUGGUGCCUAUAAUUUCAACCCUCAAGUUUUCUGCAGUUCAAGCAAGGAGAUCAAUGGAAAGACAGUUACAGCCACUGCCUACAGUGAUCCUCAACCAAUUGGUUGA